AGCAAACUCAUGGCGGUCCUCACAUGCUCUGAUGUUCUUGACAACCAGGAUGGGAGCUUUUCAUGGCAAGGAUAUGAUCCCAUACGCAAUGGCACCAGAGGUUGUUCUUCUCUAUCAGGAAAACCACAAUGCCAAAUCCUCCUGUUUUAAGUGUGGUCUCGUCUCGGCAUACUUGCCUUCGAAUCUUAACUCCAGUUUUGAGUAUAUCUGUUCCGUUUGAGGAUGGUGUCGAUCGCCUAUUAUGAACUGCUUCUUUUCAUAUCCCAAAUGCAGCAUACAAAUUAAACAUGGUUACAAAACGGGUUGCGUCCUCUGGAUCCAGUUGAAGGAGGUUUUCAGCUGCAAUUUUCUCAAUCUCGAGGUUCUUGUUGUUGAUCCGUAUACAGUACUCAGAAUCCAAAAUCUGCCUGCCUUCUCUUACCAAGCUUGAAUGGCUGCAAACAGGGUCUUGGGCCCUAAAUUGCAAGGAGAUGUGGACUGGACCAUAAACCUGUGUUUCUUCAACUGAGUCUCCUAAGCUUUUCUCAAAUAGCCAUGGAUUAUGCGAUCUGUUACUCUUCAAAUUCGCCUCAGCUCUGGGCAUUUUGGCUGUUUUAUGUAUAUUUGAUCAGGAAUAGGAUGGAAAAGUUCUUCUCAGUGCGGCAAAUCCACACUCACUGCGACUCUUCCCACUCAAUCAUGCUUGUUUCCGGGCCUCCUUCCUGCGGAAAAACCUCCUUGCUUUUUCAGUUCGCUUUUAAUUUGGGUCUGAAGGGCAAUGUCACCUUCAUCUGCAACCGCCGCAAAUUAGAAAACAAACCUCCAUAUCUCUCUCAGGGAGUUGAUCCAACAUCCGAAACCUUUCAGCGCAUACAAAUGAAGUAUUUGGAGGACGACGAAGGAAUUAAGAAGUACUUCUCUGCGUUUCACCUGCAUCGCACACUUCCUGUGGCGGUUGUUAUUGAUGAUUUUGGGGAUUUUUUCGAGGAAAGGCGAUGUCAAGAUAAAUAUGCCAAUCCUCGCGGAAGAGACUUAGCAAUGGUUAGAACAUUAGCUCUUUGUCACAAUGCCGUGAGCCUAGCAAAUCCAAGUAGGCCUUGCCAGCUUGUUUUGUCUGAUGCAUACCAUGGAGAGUCCCCAAGGUUGAUAUUCAUAUAUAAGAGAUGGGUUCCAACCAUUUUCACCAUAACAGGUGAUGGGUUUGGUUGGUUCACCCUGAGAAGUAUUAACAAUUGCGGAAAUGAUUGUUGUUUGAGGGCUAGAAGUGCAAAGUAUUCGAUUGCUCUUCAGUUCCUGAGUUUGGAGGAAAUUUCUGAAGACAGUAGUGAACAGUGAAUAUCUUGGCAGCUUGAGCAAUUUAUUUGUAAGUACGUCUGUUGACCUAUUCUUUUCGGGACUUAUAUGCGUUGUUAGUCUUGAUAUAUUAGUAUUUGUUUUUAAAGAACAAUCUUCUGAUAUCAGUUUCUAUAUUAUAUAAUAUUAACGUCUAUAUAAGAUAACUUUUGUGAUGGAUGAUUAAUUGUCAUCUGUAUAUUCUUACCAAUUAAUCAAGUUUUUGAUAUGUCAAUCUUGAAUACAGCUUGAAAUUCUUUCUGUUUUCCCACUAAACGAGCAAGCAGUUUGAGUACUGUUUAUGAAAGUUGCUUCUGUUUUUCUAUUGCCAUAGCUUGCAUUUAUCUGAGAAUAGAUGAUGUUUAUGUUCUUUCAGAAUAUCAAGUAUUGAUCAGCAUUGAAGAACUUUGUAGUCUAUUAAUCAUUUACAAGCAUAAGAGAAAGUCAGCAAAGGAGAGAAGAAAAGAAAAAAAGAAAGUAAAAGAAAACAA